AUGGUUGCCCAUAAGGAGCAUCCAACGGGAGACGCAUGGCGACAACCAAAAGCGUCAUUCAGGAGACACAGCCACCAAGAAGUAUCCUUCGGGACACGUAGCCCCCAAGAAGCAUCCUUCGGGAGAUGCAGAGUGGACCAAGAAUUUCCUAAGGGAGGUAUCCAAGUUCCUAUACGUUUCCUAAAGGAGGUAGGAUAG